ACUACACUAUGACCACCAACCUACGCCUAUUGGCACUCACCCUCCUGUCGUGGACGGUGGCAGCUCUACGUCCAACCACCCUGAAUAGCGUGGCCCAGAAGAAUGCCGGCUUUGGCGUUCGUUUAUUCCAAGAAAUUCUGCGGGAACACAAAGAUAAGAAUUUGGGGUUCUCACCUUAUGGCGCUUCCUCUGCAUUGAACAUCCUUCAGUCUGGGACAGAUGGAGAGACACUGAAACAGUUACAGACAGCUCUUAAUUACGGAUACUCCGAAAGGACGGUGUCUAGAGCUCUCCGCAAAAUCCGCCAUCAGCUCAACCACUCCAACGUCUCCGGUGAACACGCCACAAGGGUGAAUGUAGCUGAUGGACUGUUCGUACAACGGGACCUUGACCUGACUCCAGGGUUCCUGAGAAGAUUCCAUGCUACCUUCAAGCGCCAUGUCGCCCAGAUCAAUUUUGCUGACCCAACGCAAGCUAAGGACAUCUUGAACCAAUGGGUGGAGAACCAAACUGAUGGAAUGAUCAAGGACUUAUUGGGAAGCAAGACUAUUCCACCACUGACCCGACUGGUCUUACUCAACGCUGUCAGUUUCAACGGAAAAUGGGUCCUCCCGUUUCCAGAGAAGGCCACCCACAGCAGGCCAUUCUACCGUUCCGACGGGUCUGAGGUCCAAACCCAAAUGAUGGCCAAUACCGGCAAGUACAACUGCAGUGAGUUUGAAACUCCAGACGGAGAGUACUAUGAUGUCAUCGAGCUGCCCUAUGAAGGAGGAGAGCUCAGCAUGCUGAUAGCCGCACCUUAUGAGAAAAAUGUACCACUGUCCGCCAUCACAGACAUCCUGACUCCAGAGCUCAUCAACCAAUGGAAAGCCAAUAUGCAGAAAUCAACCCGUCUCCUUGUUUUGCCUAAGUUUUCCCUGGUCAGCGAAGUCAAUCUGAAGACCCCUCUUGAGAACCUCGGCAUUGAAGACAUGUUCUCAGAGGAAAAAGCCGACUUCAGCCAAUUGUCAAAUGAAAGGCCAUUGUAUGUGUCAGAAGCAUUCCAGAAAAUCAAAGUCGAAGUGACGGAAAGUGGAACCAGAGCUGCAGCUGCUACAGCUGUGGUUCUCCUGGCUCGUAUGGCUCCUCUUGAAGUCAUCAUGGACCAUCCUUUCCUGUUCCUCAUUCGGCACAACCCAACAGGCACACUGCUGUUCAUGGGACAAGUCAUGGAGCCAUGAGUCUAGCGCCAUCUAGUGAAGAGAUUCAGUACCUCACCUCCACCUUUUGACCAGCAACGGCAUAAAAAACAAAAACUCACUACAUUUGAGAAUUUUUGCUUCGGGGAAGCUCGAAGGACUACUAAGGGGGGAAUGGGGAUCCACGGGUAGUGUGAAUGCGUGAAAUGCAGUAUGAAAGCGCUGUACGGAGUGUGUGAAGUUGCGAGCUAUUCGCAGAAGAAAAGAUUAUAUUGAUAUUGAGAUUUCUAUUGCUGAAUAUGAAGUUUUUAUACUGUUUGUAUAUUUAAUAAAUCUAUUUAUUUAUAUUUUA